CUCUGCGUUCCCCUAAACAUCAAAAUAACUCUCUGUGUGAAGACAAAAUCCAUAUGGAUGCCUCUCAGGCUCCUCUUCCACCAUUGGCAUCUCUCUCCGAGCUUGAAUCUCGGAUGCAAGUAUUGCGCGUCUCUGCUCUUGAAGAAAACCAAACCGGUGAAACACUUUCUCAGCGUGCUGAAUGGUUUUACCAGAGACGUCCUCUCAUUCUCUCACUCUGUGAAGAUCUCUACGAUAGUUACACAACUCUACUGAACCGUUACAACCACGCCAAACCACAAAACCUCCCUAAACCUGUUUCUCAUGACAAUGAUUCCAACGAUGAUACUGACACCAGUUCUGAAGUUACGAGCCUCUUAUCCUUCCAACAGAUGCAAAUCACCACUUGUGAUAAGCAGAAAAUCGAAGAUUUAGUCUCGCAGCUCGUGACCGCAAGCACGGAGAAAGAUACGGCGCAGGAAGAGUUGCGUCGCGGAGAACAAAAGUUCCGAGAAGCUUCCAAGACGAUCGAGCUGUUAAAGAAGCUUGUGACGUUGCUUGACAUGGAGAAAGAAGUAGCGGUAGAGCAAACAGCGAAUCUUGGAUACAAACUCACUUCUCUCUUGGAAGAGAACAGAGACCUCGCCACCGAAGCGCUGUUCAUGAAAAAAGAAGCAGUGAGGCUCGCUAGAUGCGUGCUUAAGAUGAGAGACGAUCAUUUUCACGAGAUGUGUCUUCUACAGAACCAAGUGUACGCGUUGCAGUCUUCAUCGAGAGAGUCUGUUUAUGAAAACGAAACCUCGCCGAGAUGCUUCGGAUUGGAUAAGAGCAAGAGCAAGAAGAGAAAGAUGAGUGAAACAAGAACCGAACCUGGAGAGAAGAAGAGGAAGUCCAAGUGGUUGAAGAGACUUAAUCCGUUUAUCAAAUCCAGCGUCAGCCCAUCGCCUGCUUUGCUCCAUCGUCCUGCACAAUAAAUUAUUUCACUCUUUACGUUGAAUUUUGCAUAUUUUAUUACACUAGUUAGCAUGCAUUGCAAUAAUGUUUGUCUGCUUAAGUUCUACUUGCCUUG